CCGCGAGCGUGCGGCACGCGCCGGCCGCCUGCCCGAACCCGGUCCCGUGUAGCCGGCCCUCGACCCCCGCCGACCGAGCCGCGCGCGCCUGCCCUGUCUCCUCAGUUGCAUUUGACGAUUUUUUUUUUUUGCACGCAUUUAUUUUCUGUUCCAUUUAGUCCUUUCUAAGGCGGCGGCGGCAGCGACAGUGGCGAACGCUUGGGGCGGGGAGGGGGCGGCUGGAGGAUGCGGCGCGGGACUGCGCUCACUACGCCCGCUGCUGCUGCCCGGCUCAGGCCGGAGCGCCGAACAGGAUCCCAAGUGAUGGUGGUUUACAUGGAGGAUGAAUUGAACGCUGCUCGACUGGCUAGCACGGGGGCGGUGGUCUCUGUGCCUGCAGGUGGGCGGGCGUGAAGCUUAGGAUCUCAGAGUUUCAACCCAAGAGGAAGCAUGUCUAAAAAAGGCCGGAGCAAGGGCGAGAAGCCCGAGAUGGAGACGGAUGCAGUACAGAUGGCCAAUGAGGAGCUGCGGGCCAAACUGACCAACAUUCAGAUUGAGUUCCAGCAGGAAAAGAGCAAGGUGGGCAAGCUGCGCGAGCGGCUGCAGGAGGCCAAGCUGGAGCGCGAGCAGGAGCAGCGGCGGCACACGGCUUACAUCUCGGAGCUCAAGGCCAAGCUGCACGAGGAGAAGACCAAGGAGCUGCAGGCGCUGCGCGAGGUGCUCAUCCGGCAGCACGAGCAGGAGGCGGCCCGCACGGCCAAGAUCAAGGAGGGCGAGCUGCAGCGGCUGCAGGCCACGCUGAACGUGCUGCGCGACGGCGCGGCUGACAAGGUCAAGACCGCGCUGCUGGCUGAGGCUCGGGAGGAGGCGCGCAGAGCCUUCGACAGCGAGCGUCAGCGGCUGCAGCAGGAGAUCCUGGAGCUCAAGGCGGCGCGCAAGCAGGCGGAGGAGGCCCUCAGCAACUGCAUGCAGGCCGACAAGACCAAGGCGGCAGACCUGCGCGCUGCCUACCAGGCACACCAGGAGGAGGUGCACCGCAUCAAGCGCGAGUGCGAGCGGGACAUCCGCAGGCUGAUGGAUGAGAUCAGAGGCAAAGACCGGGUGAUUCUGGCCCUGGAGAAGGAGCUGGGUGUGCAAGCCGGCCAGGCCCAGAGGCUGCUUCUACAGAAGGAGGCUUUGGAUGAGCAGCUGGUCCAGGUCAAAGAGGCUGAGCGCCAUCACAGCAGUCCAAAGAGGGAGCUCCCGCCUGGCAUUGGGGACAUGGCGGAACUCAUGGGGGGCCAGGAUCAACAUAUGGAUGAGCGAGACGUGAGGCGAUUUCAACUAAAAAUUGCUGAACUGAAUUCCGUCAUACGGAAGCUGGAGGACAGAAACGCCCUGUUGGCAGAUGAGCGGAGUGAACUGCUGAAACGGUCCCGUGAGACCGAGGUACAGCUAAAGCCACUGGUGGAGAAGAACAAGCGGAUGAACAAGAAGAACGAGGACCUGCUACAGAGUAUCCAGAGGAUGGAGGAGAAAAUCAAGAAUCUCACAAGGGAAAACGUGGAAAUGAAAGAGAAGCUGUCGGCCCAAGCCUCCUUGAAGCGUCACACGUCCCUGAACGACCUCAGCCUAACCCGGGACGAACAGGAGAUCGAGUUCCUGAGGCUCCAGGUGCUGGAGCAGCAGCACGUCAUUGAUGACCUCUCGCUGGAGAGGGAACGGCUCCUGCGCUCCAAGAGGCAUCGAGGGAAAAGCCUGAAGCCACCUAAGAAGCAUGUUGUGGAGACAUUUUUUGGAUUUGAUGAGGAGUCUGUGGACUCAGAAACGCUGUCAGAGACCUCCUACAACACAGACAGGACGGACAGGACCCCAGCCACUCCCGAGGAGGACUUGGAUGACACCACGACCAGAGAAGAGGCUGACCUACGGUUCUGCCAGCUGACCCGGGAGUACCAGGCCCUGCAGCGGGCCUAUGCCCUGCUUCAGGAGCAGGUGGGGGGCACGCUGGACGCCGAGCGGGAGGCCCGGACUCGGGAGCAGCUGCAGGCUGAUCUGCUGAGGUGUCAGGCCAAAAUCGAAGACUUGGAGAAGUUGCUGGUUGAGAAAGGACAGGAUUCCACGUGGGUGGAGGAGAAGCAGCUGCUCAUCAGAACAAACCAAGACUUGCUGGAAAAGAUUUACAGGCUGGAAAUGGAGGAGAACCAGCUGAAGAGCGAAAUGCAAGAUGCAAAGGAUCAGAACGAGCUGUUAGAGUUCAGAGUGCUAGAGCUCGAAGAGAGAGAGCGGAGGUCGCCAGCCUUUAACCUCCAAAUCACCACCUUCCCCGAGAACAACAGCAGCGCCCUCCAGCUGUUCUGUCACCAGGAAGGAGUUAAGGAUGUGAAUGUUUCUGAACUUAUGAAGAAACUAGAUAUCCUUGGCGAUAACGGGAAUUUGAGAAAUGAAGAACAGGUUGCAAUAAUCCAGGCUGGAACUGUGCUUGCCCUGUGUGAAAAGUGGCUGAAGCAGAUAGAGGGAACCGAGGCAGCUCUGACCCAGAAGAUGCUGGACCUGGAGAAGGAGAAGGACCUGUUCAGCAGGCAGAAGGGCUACCUAGAGGAGGAGCUGGACUACAGGAAGCAAGCCCUCGACCAGGCUUACCUGAAAAUCCAGGACCUGGAGGCCACGCUGUACAAUGCCCUGCAGCAGGAGCCGGGCCGGAUGGCCAGCGAGGCGCUGAGCGCUGGCCAGCGCGAGGACCUGCAGGCCGCUGUGGAGAAGGUGCGCCGGCAGAUCCUGAGGCAGAGCCGCGAGUUCGACAGCCAGAUCCUGCGGGAGCGCAUGGAGCUGCUGCAGCAGGCACAGCAGAGAAUACGGGACUUGGAGGACAAACUUGAGCUUCAGAAGCGGCACCUGAAGGAGCUGGAGGAAAAGUUUUUGUUCCUUUUUUUGUUUUUCUCACUAGCAUUCAUUCUGUGGCCUUGACGACUCCAGUGAGCCAGGAACUCGGGAUAUAAAAAGAGUUUAUGGAAUGAGCUGAGUCCUGCGGCAGCCUCAACCCUACUCAAACCAAAACUCAACAGCAAACAAGUUAUUCAAAGCCCAGAGACUGAAAACAGAAUUCACAUGUGUUUGAAAACAGCUUUAAAGGGAGGCCUCUCAACGUGUGGCUGCGUCCCAGCUAGCCCAGGCUGAAAGGACUCUGUGGGACAAUGGGAUCAUGUCAAACUCAGUCACAGCUGGGUCCCAAUCAUGGCACCUUCAGGAGCCUGAGGGGCAGAGACCUGGAAGCCAGGAAACCAAGUGCAAUUAGCAGGAACUGAGGGGCUGGAGAGCCACUACACUGUCUGGGGACCAACUUGAGUCCCUGUCCCCACACUGUAUGCCUCCCCCAGCUGUGGCGAAGGUGCCCAGCUGGACCCAGAUGCCCCCUCUGCCCAGUGUAUAUAAAUCUCGUUGAAUCGUGCCGUGUUCAUCACGGAGUCUUUCUGCCGGAGCUACUUGAAAUGUCCCUGUGAUCAGAACCCAAAGCCUGGCCCUGUCAGCAAAGCCCUCUGGCUCUGUGCACAGCUGGAUGUAGCAGCUGGCAGAGAGAGAGAACUGGAGCCUCGCCCACCAUGGAGAAGUGGACCCCAGGGACCGAGGAUUUCCACUCUUGCAGGUGUGGCAUGGCAGAAGUUCUGAAGAACAGCUCUCCCCAGGACCAGGUGGAGUGGGGACCAAGAGCAGCAUGUCCACCCCAGGCCAUGCUCGGACCUGUCUUCUUGCUUCUUGAUUUUAAUUUGCAAGGGGCAUGGAGGAAGAAAAAGCUGGCAGGUAGAGCAGCUCCAGCCACCCUGAGGACACAGGUGCCCCCCAGGUCUGAGGCCAAGCCACUCCCUCACUCUCCCCAGAGAAGAGUAAACGCCCCGCUCCAGGGAACCUGAAUUGAACAGAGAGGUGCCCCAUGGCCAGGUGGCUGUGUCUCCCUGAAGAAGGAUGGCGGGCAACGUAGGGAGGCCCUGCCCGCUGGCAGAAGUUGAGACCCGGAGGAAGCUCUGGAGAAGUGCCUUGAGUGUUGUUCUAGGGUGGAGGGGGCACCUUGGAACGCACCUGAUCACGUGACCAUCCUCCCCAAACUUGCAGAAGCAGGACACUUGCUUUUAGGUGAGGUGGCUGAAGAGGCGUGUGGAAGGGAAAGAGGACGGCCCCUCUGUGGGUAGGCCGGGAUGCUGCUGGGUGCGGCUUCGUGGAAGCCAUGCCAAAGGUGCCACCCUGAGAUUUCCUGCAAGAAGAACCUUGGAGAAAAGGGAAAUGACUGGAGUUACAGCUGCUGCAGGGCCCCUGGCAGUGGGGACCUACAGAGGCCCUGGAGUUCUUGGUAGACCAGAUCCAAGGAUGGAGAAGGCAGGACCCAUGCUCUGCACCCGAGGGGACCCAGCCAGAUGGGAAGGGGCAGCCCCUUCACAUCAAAUCCAAGAGUCGAGGGCUGGAGGCAAGCACCCAAGAACAGCUGAGAAGCACCCACUUUGUUGAAAACCAAACCUCAGAGCAUCUGUGACUCACCAUCACUUGGUGACCAGGUGCCAAGGCACUGCUGGUACAUUGGCUUGAAAAUGGAGGCCAGGAUGGGAGUGUGGCGUCAGCACGAGUGAAGACCAGAGGCCCUCCCUGCUCCAGAUGAGCAGAGGAAGGUCCCUGCACUGACUCUGGGGGCAGAGUGCGGAGCAGCCCCAGGUGGUCCUGGGGGUGCCCAGGCUCUCUGUUCCCACAGCACAGUGUCUGUCCAGCAUCCCUACAGGACUGUGCUGGGAUGUGGUCCUUGUGUCCUCUUGUAGCUGGGCAGUAUCUGUGACUGCUCAGCUAUCUCACUCAGACAACAGGAGGCGAGUGGACUUGGCUUUGAACUCUGAGCCAUGUGGUCACUCCCAGCCCCCACUUCCCUGCUGCAGACACUGGCCACGUUCUCACGGCUCUGAGGAACAGGGGUGGCAGUCCCAUGCUGUGCCUCACAGAGGCUAUCUGUGGCCAUACUCAGACAGACUCCCAAGGAUCCCUGGGAUCCUGGACUCUCCUGGCAGGAGUGCAGCACCCACCACAUCAACGGGAGCAGUGCUCCAAGGAGGCUCUACAGCCACCCAUGGGGCCGGGGCCCAUUCUCUGCAGCCCCCGGAGCCAGCUCAGGACCAGGGUAUGAGGCCCACACAGGCAGGGGUGGGGACUGCCCUGCAUGGGAGUCCCCAGUCCCUAGCAGAAGCCAGCAUUUCUUGUUGCCUUCCCAGGCCCCUGCCAGGGACAGGCCCAGCCUGGGAACAGGAGCUACAGUACUCAAGGAUCCUCGGCGUGGCUGGCCACCAGGUGUGCACUCCACCUGCUCCACAGCCCUGGGGUGCUGAGUUGCAGCCUGGGUGGCUGACCCAGGUCACUUUCUCCUCCAGAGGAAGAAGGAUGGCCCAACCCUGCCCCAGAUCCACUGUGGACACAGAGAGCGGUCUCCGCCUCCCACCCUCUGUUGGCUGGUGCCACGGUGAGGACCUGGGGCAGAGAAGCCGUGGCCCUCAAGCUGCGUUCUGGCUUUUGGCAGCCUGUGGAGCUGGGAAGGAGGCCCUGUCUGAGCCAGGAGACUGGCUAUGAAGACUGAAAUGCCAAGCCACAUACAGGAUCCAGACCUCUGGUUCUAGGUGGGGACCGUCCCGAGGCUACAGGGCGAGUGUCUCUGAUGCCCCUUGGCUCCAAACUCCAGCUGGUCUACAUGAGUUUUGCCAUGGCGCACCUGCUGGGUGUUGGGGGAGGUACAGGAGGCGGGGCUGUACUCUGGGCGAUUCCCACCCCACCUGGUCCACCCCACGGUCUUGCUGAGGCCUUGGGCUGGGCCUCUAAGGGGGGACCGGUGCAAGGCAGGGUCAAGUGCCCUGGGGAGCUGCAUCCCUGCUCCCCCUCUCCUCCAUCUGCAGUGUCAAGACACACAUCUCCUGCUUUCCUGCAGCUUCCCUAACCAGCUUGUCCCCAGGAGGAGUCGCACCUGACCCUCCCAGUACAAACAACUCUGAUUUUUGCUUAUUUCUUACAUUUAACGGGAGCCGGCUAGGGGUCUGGCACAUUGGAUGGGAAACUCCAACCCAGCCAGUUUGGGGGCUUCUUCCUUCAGGUUAUCUAAGAAUUCUUGGGGACUUCUGCAGACCCCAACCCAUGCCCUAGUGGCCCACGCUGUGGUAGGUGGAGCCUCUCUUUCCCUCCCCAUCUCUCCAGGGCUGCCUAUCUUGGGGUCUCAGCCGCAGCCUGUGUCCUUCCUGUGAUCAUUCUUAGCUGUGGGGGACCUCUCCAAGGCCCCCAAGGGUGGGGGCCCUCACAGCCUCUCCGUGACCAUCUGCUCCCCUCCCUUGGAUGCCCAGCACCUACCCUCAGAGAAGACAGGAUCCAUGGCUCAGGCCUCCACCCUGCAGCCCAGCUGGGCGGACACUUUCCUGAAGGAUGUUUCCAAAGUCACUGAGCCACCUUGAACUCUCCAUAAAGUCCACGUUGCAAACUCACUUAAUAUUA